AUGUACUGGUCCAGUGACUGUCGAGUAGCACAGGUGGCUGAUGUGAUAUCCCGAGACAGAUGGGAACAAAUUAACAAAUUCAUUCAUUUCAAUGACAACAGCAACAUGCCAGCCAACAAUGAUGGAAAUUACGAUAAGCUUUUCAAAAUCAGGCCAAUUAUCGAUUCACUUCUCCCAAAAUUUCAGGGUCUCCCACAAGAUCAAAUGUUGUCUAUUGAUGAGCAAAUGGUGCCAUUCAAAGGUAGAUCUAGUCUAAAGCAAUAUAUCCCCAAGAAGCCAUACAAAUGGGGAUACAAAAUCUUUGUGCUUUGUGAUACAAAAGGCCUGGUGCAUUCAUUUGACAUAUUUGCAGGGAAAAUAGAUCCUGUACCUGGAGAACCUAACAUUGGUGCAAGUGGAAACAUUGUGCUAAAGCUUGCACAAGUUAUUCGUGGUGCUCUCAAUCACUUGCUGUUUUAUGACAACUGGUUUUCUUCCUUGGAUUUGUUUGUUGCUCUUGCAUACAAGGGAAUACCAGCCCUGGGGACUGUGCAGCAAAGUCGCCUGCAAGGGUGCAGUUUCAGCGUAGACACUGAUAUGAAGAAGAAGGGAAGAGGGACAUUUGAAGAGAAAAAGGUUGUUGUAGUCAAUGUAGAAAUAAGAGCAGUAAAAUGGUUUGAUAAUAGAGGGGUGAUCGUUGCCAGCACUUUUGCCAGUGCCCAGCCUGUUUCUAACGUAGAAAGAUGGGAUAGAAAGUCAAAAAAGAAAGUGUCUAUAGAAUGCCCAAACAUCAUCAGCCUGUACAACAAGUUCAUGGGCGGCAUUGAUGCUCUUGAUGCACUAAUUGCAUAUUGUCGCAUCCACAUAAGGUCAAAAAAGUACUAUCAUAGGUUCUUUUUUCAUUUUGUUGACAUGGUCAUUGUAAACAGCUGGUUGUUGUAUCGACGUGAUUGUGAUUCACUGGAUGUACCAAGAAAGAAGCAGAAGGAUUUGCUAGCUUUUAGAACAUCAGUUGCACAGGCACUCUGCAUGCAAGGCAAGGAUAUGUCAAGGAAGAAGAGGGGGCGGCCUUCAUUUGAUGUUGAAAGGUUUUUCGAAAAGAAGAAACAUCGAGGUCCAGCUAAGGCUAUUCCAACACUGGAAGUCCAUUCAGAUGCUGUGGGUCACUGGCCAGUGGUUGAAAGUGGACGGCAACACUGCAAACAACCAAAUUGUAAGGGCCAGACUGUAAUCAACUGUUCAAAGUGCAAUGUUCACUUGUGCCUCAACAACAACAACAACUGCUUUCGAGAAUUCCAUGAGUAA